AUGGCAACCCGCGGGCCUCGGAGGUGCGCGCUGGGCGCACAGUCAGCCGCGUGGUUCUCUCCGCUCCGGGAGGCAGGGCAAGUGGGCGCGCCAAGAGGCUGGACAAUGAGCUUGCAGGUGACGGGCCUGGGCCUGAACAAGAUGAAGCUGGACAGUCCCCCGUCCUUCCUGGACCAGGAGGAGGCGGAGGAGGCUGACGAUCCGCAGCUGCUGGAACCGGAGGCCUGGAGGACCUACAUGGAGCGCCGCACCGCCCUGCGCGGCUUCCUGACCUCCGACCUGAGCCCCCACCUGCUCCGGCGCCACCACGCCCGCACGGAGCUGCUCAAGAAAUGUUCCUACUACAUCGAGAUCCUCCCCAAGCACCUGGCCCUGGGCGACCAGAACCCGCUGGUGCUGCCCACCGCCAUGUUCCAGCUCAUCGACCCCUGGAAGUUCCAGCGCAUGAAGAAGGUGGGCGCGGCCCAGACCAAGAUCCAGCUCCUCCUGCUCACGGACCUGCUGGAGCAGCUGGACCGCGGCCGCGCCGAGCUGGGCGCUCUGCUGGGGUCACCCGACCCGCAGCCCUUCCUGGCGGGCUGGGGGCUGGUGGAGCGCAGGCUGGCGGACCUGGCGGCCGUCAUGGACAGCUUCCUGGCCAUGACGGUACCUGGGCGCCUGCACAUGAAGCACCGCCUGGUGUCCGACGUCGGUGCCACCAAGAUCCCGCACAUCCGGCUCAUGCUAAGCACCAAGAUGCCCGUCAUGUUCGACCGAAAGGAGUCGGUGGCCCACCAGGACUGGGUCAGCCUGCGGUGGUUUGCCACCAUCCAGCCGGUGGCGCCGGAGCAGUUUGAGCUCCGCUUCAAGCUGCUGGACCCGCGGACACAGCAGGAGUGCACGCAGUGUGGCAUCAUCCCCGUGGCCGCCUGCACCUUCGACAUCCACAACCUGAUGCCCAACCGCUCCUACAACUUCACCGUCAAGAGAGCCGACAGCUACACGCUGGUGUACGAGCCCUGGCGGGACAGCCUCACGCUGCAGACCAGGCCGCGGCCCCCCAAAGGGCCCACCCCCGGUCGGCCGGGCAAGCCAGGCCCGCCCCUGACCACGCUUUCCGAAAGAUGA